AUGAUCUCUUCCUUAAUGUUACCAUCUGCUACAACAAUAAGACCUUACUGUAAUUGCAGCAUCAUUCCCUCAUCAUCUUCAUCUUCACGAAGACUCACUCUCUUUCAUCUUCUCACCACCGGUGCUAUAGUUUUCUGGUGCUGCUGCUGCAUUUGGUUAUUCCUUUCCUUACUAGUUCUUCCACCACAAUCCCAAUUCUUCGGUGCAAAACUAUCACAAGCUAAUGCUGCUCAAAACUUGUUUGAUUGGGUCCAAAAUGAUAACAGAAGAUUUCUACAUGUUGUUUACAGUGUUGCAGAUUUGGACAAGACUAUAAAGUUCUACACUGAAUGUCUUGGCAUGAAGGUUUUGAGAAAACGCGAUAUACCCGAAGAUAAAUAUUCUAAUGCUUUUCUUGGAUAUGGACCUGAAGAUUCCAAUUUUACGGUUGAGCUUACUUAUAAUUAUGGAGUAGAUAAGUAUGACAUUGGAACUGGUUUUGGACAUUUUGGUGUUGUAGCUCAAGAUGUUGCCAAGACAGUUGAUAUUGUAAAGGAGAAAGGGGGAAAGGUUACGAGGGAGCCGGGGCGUGUUAAAGGCGGCUCUAUAGUUACUGCUUCCGUCGAAGAUCCUAGUGGUUAUCGGUUUGAGCUUUUGGAGAGAAGACUUACUCGUGAACCAUUGUGCCAAGUGAUGCUUCGAGUAGGCGAUCUUGAUCGUGUCAUAGCCUUCUAUGAAAAAGCUGUUGGCAUGAAACUUCUCCGCAAGAUCGACAACCCUGAGGAUAAGAACACAGUAGCCGUGUUGGGAUACGGUCCUGAAGCUAAUAGUCCAGUUCUAGAACUGACAUAUAACUACGGCGUCACUAAUUACGACAAAGGAAAUGGUUAUACACAGAUUGCAAUAGGCACGAAUGAUGUCUAUAAGACUGCAGAAGCAAUCAAGUUAUACGGAGGGAAGGUUAUCCGUGAACCUGGACCCUUACCAGGUAUCAACACCAAGAUUGUCGUUUGCUUAGACCCUGAUGGUUGGAAAUUGGUAUUUGUUGAUAAUGUCGAUUUUCUGAAGGAAUUAGAGUGA